GCAACCUGCCGCUCAGGUUCGUCCUCGCCCUGCCCCGCCCCGGCCAUCCUGGCCCGGCCCCUGCUGGGCAGCUAGUUCCCGCGCGUCCCUCCAGCCUGCGGGAGACCAGGCUCCGAGGCUGAGGCGCACAGACAGCCGCGGACGACCGCCGAGGGGACGGGGCGCAGGCCGCGGAGGACAGGUGCUGGCUGCCACCACCAAGGACACCAUGAGCCAGUUGGGGUCUGUGAGCUGCUGCCCGGGUGCCGCCAAUGGCAGCCUGGGCCGGUCGGACGGUGUGGCCAAGAUGAGCCCCAAGGACCUGUUUGAGCAGAGGAAGAAGUAUUCCAACUCCAAUGUCAUCAUGAACGAGACCUCCCAGUACCACGUCCAGCACUUAGCCACCUUCAUCAUGGACAAAAGUGAGGCCAUUGUGUCUGUGGAUGACGCCAUCCGGAAGCUGGUGCAGCUGAGCUCCAAGGAGAAAAUUUGGACCCAGGAGAUGUUGCUGCAAGUGAAUGACCAGUCCCUGCGGCUGCUGGACAUUGAGUCUCAGGAGGAGCUAGAGAACUUCCCCCUGCCCACAGUGCAGCACAGCCAAACAGUGCUGAACCAGCUCCGAUACCCCUCCGUGCUGCUGCUCGUGUGCCAGGAUUCGGAGCAGAGCAAGCCCGAUGUCCACUUCUUCCACUGCGACGAGGUGGAGGCAGAACUGGUACACGAGGACAUCGAGAGCGCCUUGGCCGACUGUCGUCUGGGCAAGAAGAUGCGGCCACAGACUCUGAAGGGCCACCAGGAGAAGAUCCGGCAGCGGCAGUCCAUUCUGCCCCCUCCCCAGGGCCCAGCCCCUGUCCCCAUCCAGCGCCGCAGAGAUUCAGCCAAGAACCGUGUGAGCUCAGCGGCACCAGCGCCGAUCAGCGAGCCAGGCCACCGCCGCCAGGGGUCGCUGGAUGAGGAGCCGCGGGCCGUGCUGGCUCAGAAGAUAGAGAAAGAGACGAAAAUCCUCAACUGUGCCCUGGACGAUAUCGAGUGGUUCGUGGCCCGGCUUCAGAAGGCGGCAGAAGCUUUCAAGCAGCUGAACCAGCGGAAGAAGGGCAAGAAGAAGGGCAGGAAGGGGCCAGCAGGUGGAGGAUGGGAGGAUGAGGGUGUCCUCACCCUGCGGGCGCGGCCCCCCCCUGAGGACGAGUUUGUGGACUGUUUCCAGAAAAUCAAGCUGGCCAUCAACCUGCUGGCAAAGCUGCAGAAGCACAUUCAGAACCCCAGCGCAGCUGAGCUCGUGCACUUCCUCUUUGGGCCUCUGGACCUGAUUGUUAACACCUGUGGUGGCCCAGACAUUGCACGCUCCGUCUCCAGCCCCCUGCUUUCCCAAGAUGCCGUGGGCUUCCUGCGAGGCCACCUGGUGCCCAAGGAGAUGUCUCUGUGGGAGUCACUGGGGGACACCUGGACUCGGCCCCGCUCUGAGUGGCCUCGGGAGCCGCAGGUGCCCCUCUACGUGCCCAAGUUCCACAAUGGCUGGGAGCCACCCCUGGAUGUGCUGCAGGAAGCUCCCUGGGAGAUGGAGGGGCUAAUGCCUGCCCCCGACGUUGAGCCCACUCCAGCAAGCCGACGACUAUCCUUACGAAACUCCCAGAAGCACAGCCACACUGUCGAACCUACACCCCCGGGGGACACUCUACCACCAGUCAGCGCCCCACAUGCUCACAGGGGCUACCAGCCAACACCAGCCAUGGCCAAGUAUGUCAGAGUCCUCUAUGACUUCACAGCCCGCAACGCCAAUGAGCUGUCGGUGCUCAAGGAUGAGGUCCUAGAGGUGCUGGAGGACGGGCGGCAGUGGUGGAAGCUCCGCAGCCGCAGCGGCCAGGCGGGCUACGUGCCCUGCAACAUGCUGGCCGAAGCGCGGCCCGAGGACGCCGGCGCCGCCUUCGAGCAGGCCGGUUCGAAAUACUGGGGCCCCGCCAGCCCGACCCACAAGCUGCCGGCAACCUUCGCUGGAAACAAGGGCGAGCUGAUCCAGUACAUGGACGAGGUCAACGACGAGCUGGUCAAGAAGAUCAGCCAGGUCAAGGCGCAACCGCAGCGGCACUUCCGCGUGGAGCGGCCGCCGCCCGUGCACCUGCCGCUGACCUACGCCUCCGGCCCCAGCGAGGUCCGCGCCUGGCUGGAAGCCAAGGCCUUCAGCCCGCGGAUCGUGGAGAACCUGGGCGUCCUGACCGGGCCUCAGCUGUUCUCGCUCAACAAGGACGAGCUGCGGAAGGUGUGCGGGGAGGAGGGCGCGCGCGUGUACAGCCAGCUCACGGUGCAGAAGGCAGUGCUGGAGAAGCAGCAAAGCGGGUCCGAGCUGGAAGAACUCAUGAGCAAGUUUCAUUCCAAGAACCAGAGGAGGGUAGAGGACAGCUAGACCCAGCUGCACCCUGCUGCCACACCUGCGGGAGAGGAGGCCGCCCCUGCUGUGGCCCCUGGAUGCAUGGAGCGUUUAUUUUUGUAUGUGUAUGUAUUUUGUACCAAGGACACCGAUGGGGUGUCCUGCACCCAGCUGGAGGCACAUGGCCUGUCAGGCUCACUGCCCCAGCUCACACCAAGGCCGACCUCAGCCAAACUUGUGACCCAUGGUGCCAGCCCCUGAUCUGCCUGCCUUGAGGCCACAAGACUCCCCAGGAGAGGUGGGGCCUCAUCCUUUGGUCACCCCUGUGAUGUCCCCUGUCUUCACCUGCCUCCUCAUCUACCUGUACCCAACUGCACCCCCCUAUCCCAGGGUGGGCCAGAGCGCCAUCUUGGCCAGUUGGUGACCUGGCCUCCAGAUGUACCCACCCAUUGGGCUGCUCCCCAAGGGUGCCCUGGGAGGGGCUCCGGGACAGGAGGCCCGGGGGUGCCAUGCUGGGCUGGACAUGUGCGACAUUCCUCACCCUGUCAAAGACAAGCAUGCUCUGGACACAGUGCUGGCUUCAGAAACCCCCUGCCUCCCAGUACCACAGAACCCACAUGGGUACUUUCUCUGACCAAGUCCCAGGUCAACUGAGCCCUGCACUGAUUGCAGGGGGCUGGAUGUCUUGAAGCUCUGGACCAAGAGGCGAGAGGUGGCCAGGGCUCCAAGGCCAGGACAUUAAACAAGUUCAGUCUCUUGAA